UCCAAUUUUCGAAUACAAUUAUCUGACGUUUGUCACAUUAUUGCUAUAUUUUAGUUUUAUUUUUGUCAAAGAAUAUAAAAUCUCAAAAUGGUGAUACCGAGGUAUUGAGGUAUCACCUGAUGAUGGUAUACGCUGUUUGGUGUGACCAUGAAUGCUGCCGCAGCCGCUAGUCUCGGAGUUAUAUUGGUGCUCUUACUCUUACUUAUUAGGUGGAAAUGGAGGUCAUACAAGCCAGAGCAGGAGUGUCCAUCUUGCAUGCCCGUGCAGCUGGUGCACCGACUCUGUCCACAUCAUAACGUGGUGCAGAGCUACGAGGUAGAACAGAAAGACAGCCUUGACGACCAUCUCGAUGUGCUCACCAGGAAACUUGCAGAGAAGGAGGGUCGCCUCCGAAUUUCCAAGUCCAAAAUACGAGAGACCCAGCACGAGAUCGACAACCUACAUGCAAUAGAUCACGACGUAAGACUCAAGUACCGGGAGAUCAUGGAAUCUCUCCGGAAAGACUUGAUGAGUAACGAGAAAGAAUGCAAGAAACUGCAGGAGCAGAUUGAAUGGGUUUCAAGGCGGCGUGCGGAACUCCGAGACGAGGUUCGCAGAGGCCAGAGGCUGUAUGGAGAAGCGGCGGCAGAGUUGGCGAGUAAUUUAGCUGAACUACAACGUGGUCGAAUCAUAGAGCACAGAAUAACUGAAAAACCUCAAUGUCAACAUUCGCUUAUAUCAGUGCGACAUCGUAAAGAGCCACAGUUGCCGAGGGCGACACCAGUCGACUCUUUGGUCAUUAAGACAUCACCAACUGACUCAGCAGAUGCCAUACUUCCACAUAAUGCCCCGCAUUAAAACUUUGAACUUUAUUCUGCUUGUUGUUAUGUUCUGGCUUUUUUUUCAAAUAGUAAUCAAAUCUUAAAGUAUACAUUGUUUUGUAUAUUUUUUUUAUAUUAUAUUUACUAUUAUAUUGUA